AUGGGGUAUUCCAUGCAGAUGCCAAAGGAAAACCAGGAUCCCAGUCCCGGUCAACCGUUUCCGCUCUCAACCACGCGAGUGGUCUCCAGCAUUCCGAAAGCGGAAGUGAAAGAGGGCGAGGAAACAAACUGGGUCUACCCCUCAGCUCAGAUGUUCUGGAAUGCAAUGUUGCGGAAGGGCUGGCGCUGGCGCGACGACGAGAUCGGUCCGGAGGACUUGAACAAUAUUGUGCGCAUCCACAACGCCAACAACGAGGCUGCGUGGGCAGAGGUACUCAAAUGGGAGGAGUUGCACUACCACAAGUGCCGAACACCUCGACUGCGGCGGUUCGCCGGUGAUGCCAAUAACUACUCUCCUCGGGCGCGCAUUAGACAUUGGAUGGGCCAUGAAUUGCCCUUCGAUCGGCACGACUGGGUAGUAGAUCGCUGCGGUUGUGAUGUACGCUAUAUCAUCGACUACUAUGACUCAGAGAAGGUAGAUCCUGACUUCAAAUUCGCUCUGUUGGACGUGCGACCUGCACUAGAUUCGUUCUCCGCUCUCUGGGAUCGUGUGAGGAUGGCCUGGAGACGUUGGUGCCUCCCCGAGCCCCCUAACAAACCCUCCUCUUGA